AUGUCAUCCAUUUUGCAUGUUUGCGACUCGGACAUGAAAAUCCUGUCCAUUGACCCGCGUUUCGCGGGCUCAUGCCACGACGGGCACGUGUGGCGGAAUUCUGGGCUCCGCAGACGCUUCAUGUCCGGUCGCAUUGUUGUGCGGGACGGAGAGUUCCUGCUCGGCGACAGUGCUUACCCCCUUGAGCCGUGGCUUCUAACGCCGGUUCCUGGGCACCCGGAUGAGGACACACCCUAGGGUGUGUACAACAAGGAGCACGCGGCCCUGCGGUCAACAGUGGAGCGCUGCAUCGGCCUCCUCAAAAGCCGGUUCCGCUGCCUGCAGCGCUAUCGGGCCCUCCAUUACGGCCCCAGGAAAGCAGGGACGAUUGUGGCAGCAUGUGCUUCACUGCACAAUCUCUGCUUGGAAGAGCCUGAGGACAGUGACGGGGACGAGGAGGACGAUGAACCAGCAGCACACACCUCAAGGACAGUAGCUCCUCCUCGGAGGCGGGCACUGUACUUGCGCGGAAGGGCAACACGCGCAAGGCAAAUCGCGCAGCUGAACAUCUCGCGCAGUGUGCAUCUGCAGCGAAUACAGAGAGCUCUUUUGCGUGCACGGCGACACUAG